AUGAAUUCUUUAAGCAAGAUAGUACCCAUAUCCAGGGGUAUUAUAUACAGUCAAAACAGUAUAAGAAGCUUGUCUACACAAGUUUUACGAUCAACAAACGUACAUUAUCUCAGAUCAAGAUAUGGCUCAAAUCCCGUGGCAAAUUCUAGAAGAUUUGCAUCUCACUCAACAAUAAACUUGUUACAACAACAAGAACAGAUUGCAAACAAUGAAUUAAAUAACCCUCAAGCACAGUUAGAAUUUUACAAAUCAUUAUUGGCUUAUAAUUACCCACAUAUUUUGGUUCAGAGAUUUGAAACCCCAGGUAUUGCCUCAUCCCCAGAAUGUGUACAGUUGUACAUCGAUGCAUUGAAUAAAGUUGGACAAACUGCUAAAGCAGCCGAAGUUGCUCGACAACAACAACAACAGCAGUAUCAGUAUCAAACUAACGGGGGCAACAUAGGUGUUGGAUUACCAUAUGGAUUUGGUUCAAGACAAGAGCCAGUUCAUGUUGUUGUUAGUGAAUCAUUAUUGACAAUUUUAUCAAAAUGGUUAAAAUGGUUGAUCCCCAUUGCCUUGUUAACCUAUGGUGCUACUAAUGCGUUUAAUUAUUUGGUGGAAAAUGGAACUAUUUUUAGAAACAGUGAAACCAGUGAUAAAUCAGUUGAUGUUUCUCAAAGUACAGUUAGAUUUAAAGAUGUUCAAGGUUGUGACGAGGCAAGAGCUGAAUUAGAAGAGAUUGUCGAUUUCUUGAAAGAUCCAUCCAAGUUUACGGGGUUAGGUGGUAAAUUACCAAAAGGAGUUUUAUUAACUGGACCUCCAGGUACUGGUAAGACAUUAUUGGCAAGAGCUACUGCUGGUGAAGCAGGAGUACCAUUCUUUUUUAUGUCAGGAUCGGAAUUUGACGAAUUAUACGUGGGAGUUGGUGCUAAAAGAAUUAGAGAACUAUUUAGUCAAGCACGUGACAAGGCACCAGCAAUUAUAUUUAUUGAUGAAUUGGAUGCCAUUGGAGGCAAAAGAAAUCCCAAAGACCAAGCAUAUGCUAAGCAAACAUUGAAUCAAUUGUUAGUUGAAUUGGAUGGAUUCAGUCAAACUGAAGGGAUCAUUAUUAUUGGUGCAACUAAUUUCCCAGAAUCUUUAGAUAAGGCAUUGACGAGACCUGGGAGAUUUGAUAAAGAAGUUAUUGUUGAUUUACCAGAUGUUAGGGGUAGAAUAGAUAUCUUGAAACACCAUAUGCAAAAUGUUGAAACUGCCGAUGACGUUGAUCCUUCCAUUAUAGCUAGAGGAACCCCUGGGUUGUCUGGUGCUGAAUUAAUGAACUUGGUGAACCAAGCUGCAGUCCAUGCGUCGCAACUAUCUGCGCCAGCUGUGGACAUGAAUCAUUUUGAAUGGGCCAAAGAUAAGAUUUUGAUGGGUGCAGCUAAGAAAAAGAUGGUUAUAACUGAAGAAAGUAGAAUAAAUACUGCAUACCACGAAGCUGGUCAUGCAAUUAUGGCUAUGUUUUCUAAAGGUGCCACGCCAUUAUAUAAGGCCACAAUUUUGCCUAGAGGACGUGCAUUGGGUAUCACUUUUCAAUUACCAGAAAUGGAUAAAGUGGACAUGAGUAAACAGGAAUGUUUUGCUAGAUUGGAUGUUUGUAUGGGCGGUAAAAUUGCUGAAGAAAUGAUCAAUGGUAAGGAAAACGUUACAUCCGGAUGUGCUUCUGAUUUGUCGAAUGCAACAAGUGUUGCUAGGGCCAUGGUUACAUCGUAUGGUAUGAGCGAUAAAAUCGGACCAGUUCGAUUAAGUGAUGACUGGGAGAGUUGGUCGCCCCAGAUUAGAAAUAUGGCCGAUAAUGAAGUCAGAGAUUAUUUGUUGGAGAGUGAAAAAAGAACUAGAAAAUUGUUAUAUGAUAAAAGAUUAGAAUUGAAACGAUUGGCGGAAGGUUUAUUAGAAUACGAGACAUUGACUAAGGAGGAAAUGGAGAAAGUUGUUAAAGGCGAGCCUAUAAACAAGGCCAAGACAAUGAGUAAUACUGUUAUUAAAAAGUCAAGUAAAUCCAGUGAGAUCAAAGAUAUACUCAAUGACCCGAUGCCAACAGCAUAA